GCGCCGCGCGGGGCUGGGCUCGGAGCGCGCGGAGCUCGGCAGCAGGGAGAGCCGCGCAGGGGCCGCGCCGAGACCGCGAGGAGCGCACGAGCCCUGGAGGUUGUGGGCCAGGGAGGGAGGAGCCGCCGCCGCCGCCGGCUCCUGCCCGGAGGGAGCCCAACGCGCCGCCGGCCAUGAGCCGCCGGGCCCCGGGAGCCCGGCCGCGGUCCGGGCAGCGCUCCGCCGGCGCCCCGGCCCGCGCGGCUGCAGCUGCGCGCCUGUAGCCGCAGGGGGCUGCCAUGGGACGGGAGCCAUGAAUGGUGCCGCGCCCGGCCCCGCCGCCGCCCCGGUCCCCGUCCCAGACUGGCGGCAGUUCUGCGAGCUGCACGCGCAGGCGGCCGCCGUGGACUUCGCGCACAAGUUCUGCCGCUUCCUGCGAGACAACCCGGCCUACGACACCCCCGACGCCGGGGCCUCCUUCUCCCACCACUUCGCCGCCAACUUCCUGGACGUCUUCGGUGAGGAGGUGCGCCGCGUGCUGGUGGCUGGGCCAGCGUCGCGGGGGGCGGCCGAUCGCGCCGACGACGCCAUGGAGCCAGAGCCGGCGGGGACCGCGGCCCUCAAGGCGGCGGCCUACGGCCACUCGCGGAGCUCGGAGGACGUGUCGGCGCACGCGGCAACCAAGGCCCGCGUCCGCAAGGGCUUCUCGCUGCGCAACAUGAGCCUGUGCGUUGUGGACGGCGUGCGCGACAUGUGGCACCGGCGCGCCUCGCCCGAGCCCGACGCCGCCCCGCGCGCCACGGAACCCCUGGCCGAGCCGCGCGACAAGUGGACGAGGCGCCUGCGGCUGUCGCGGACGCUGGCGGCCAAGGUGGAGCUGGUGGAUAUCCAACGUGAGGGCGCACUGCGCUUCAUGGUGGCCGACGACGCAGCCGCGGGCCCGGGGGGCGCCGCCCAGUGGCAGAAGUGCCGCCUGCUCCUGCGCAGGGCGGUGGCCGGCGAGCGCUUCCGCCUGGAGUUCUUCGUGCCUCCCAAGGCCUCCAGGCCCAAGGUCAGCAUCCCCCUCUCAGCCAUCAUCGAGGUCCGCACCACCAUGCCCCUGGAGAUGCCAGAGAAGGACAACACCUUCGUGCUCAAGGUGGAGAACGGAGCCGAGUACAUCCUGGAAACCAUCGACUCACUGCAGAAGCACUCGUGGGUGGCUGACAUCCAGGGCUGCGUGGACCCCGGGGACAGUGAGGAAGAUGCUGAGCUCUCCUGUCCCGGAGGAGGCUGUCUGGCCAGCCACGUGGCCUCCUGCAGCUGUGAGCUCCUAACAGAUGCAGCAGACCUGCCCCGGCCCCCAGAGACAGUGGCAUCUGUGGGUGCAGUGGUGACAGCACCACACAGCCGAGCUCGAGAUACCCUCGGAGAGUCCCUGAUCCAUGUCCCACUGGAGACCUUCCUACAGAGCCUGGAGUCCCCGGGUGGCAGUGGCAGUGGUGGUGACAGCAAUAACACAGAGGAGGGAGCAGAGCCCGAUCCUGAGGCCGAGCAUGAGCUGGAGCUCACCAACUACCCCUGGUUCCACGGGACACUGUCACGGGUCAAGGCAGCUCAGCUGGUGCUGGCGGGCGGGCCCCGAAGCCACGGCCUCUUUGUGAUCCGCCAAAGUGAGACUCGGCCUGGGGAGUACGUGCUGACCUUCAACUUCCAGGGCAAGGCCAAGCAUCUACGCCUGUCCCUGAAUGGCCACGGCCAGUGCCACGUACAGCACUUGUGGUUCCAGUCUGUGCUUGACAUGCUCCGCCACUUCCAUACCCACCCCAUCCCACUGGAGUCAGGGGGCUCGGCCGACAUCACCCUACGCAGCUAUGUGCGGGCCCAGGGCCCCCCACCAGACCCGGGGCCCUCGCCCGGCGCCGCGCCUGCGCCCCCCGCCUGCUGGAGCGAGCCGGCCGGCCAGCACUACUUCUCCAGCCUCGCCGCCGCCGCCUGCCCGCCCGCCUCGCCCCCGGCCGCGUCCUCGGCCGCCUCGUCGUCCCCGGCCGCGUCGGGGCCCGCGCCGCCCCGCGCCACCGCCGAGGGCCCGCCGGGCGCGCGCAGCCGCAGCGACAGCGCCGAGCGCCUGCUGGAGGCCGCGGCCGCAGCCGCCGACGAGCCCCCGGAGCCCGCGGCCGGCCGCGCGCGCGCCGUCGAGAACCAGUACUCCUUCUACUAGCGCCGCCGCCCGCGCCGGCGGCAACCGCGAAGCUCUUCAGUGAAGACAUGCGUGUUAUUAAAGAGCCUGUUUUAGGGACUGCA